UGUUUCGUUCCAAUGAGAGGGACUGCCAUUCCAUAAACCCUAUAAGAAUCAAGCACAUCAGUGAUUCUCACUGUUGUUUGGUGACUUCCAUUUUCCUUUCUCAUUUCUACAUCAUUGCUGUUGGGUUAGGUUUCAAAAUCACACCCAGAAAUGGCUACAAUGAGUAGUCACAUCUUCCGCUCCCACCUCUUCUCCGAUCACCUCCGUCACCACAGCCACCACCUUUGCUCGGACCUUCCGCCGCCUACUUUCCCUUCCCAGAAUCUCUCCUUCGCGCCUCUCCGAUCCAGGCCCACAAACCCUAACCCCCUCUGGAAGUACAAGCUUCCGCAGGCUGGUGGCAACGGAGGUGAUUCGGCGGGUCACGGCGGCAGAGGUGGUGGUGGGGAUGGGGAGGGGGAUGGAGGUUCGGGUGGGGAGUCGUGGGAGGGUUUCGGAGUUCUAGGGCUCUUCCUCAAUGGGUGGCGAUCUAGAGUUUCGGCGGAUCCCCAGUUCCCGUUCAAGGUUCUAAUGGAGGAGCUGGUGGGAGUGACCGCUUGUGUGAUCGGCGACAUGGCGUCCCGGCCGAAUUUCGGGCUCAACGAGCUCGACUUCGUCUUCUCCACUCUCGUUGUCGGAUCCAUAAUGAAUUUCGUCCUCAUGUACCUCCUGGCCCCCACGGCAUCCUCUGUUACCCCGAAUCUCCCCGCCAUUUUCGCCGGCUGUCCCCCGGGCCACAUGUUCGAAUCGGGCAGUUACGGGGUUCUGAAUCGAUUCGGCACCUUCGUAUACAAGGGAGUCCUCUUUGCCACUGUGGGGUUCGCGGCUGGUCUCGUGGGUACCGCCAUUUCCAAUGGGUUGAUCUCAAUGAGGAAGAAGAUGGACCCCAACUUCGUAACCCCGAACAAGCCUCCCCCGACGGUGCUGAAUGCCAUAACUUGGGCGAUUCACAUGGGCUUGAGCAGCAAUUUCCGAUACCAGACUCUGAAUGGCAUUGAGUUUUUGCUGGCAAAGGGGCUUCCCCCGUUGGCAUUCAAGAGCUCUGUGGUGGUUUUGAGGUGCUUUAAUAACAUUCUCGGGGGAAUGUCGUUUGUUUUGUUGGCUAGGUUGACAGGAUCACAGAGCGUGGAGGAGGGGAAGGUAGUUCUGGCCGAGGCCGGAUCGGAUGCAGAGAAGGAGAAAUUGGUGGGUGAGGAAUUGCCUAGCAAUCAGUCGACUUGCAAGUGAUUUUGGAUCUGGGUCGUAACCCUCUAUGAACUUUGCUUCUGUUGUUGGGUUUUUUUUUUUUUUUUUUUUUGUAAUUUAGGGGUAGUGAAUCACAGUUUAGUUGUACUGGGAUUGGAUUCGAGACAAAGAGGACUUCAUGAGUUUUUCUCAGCUACCAAAUAAAGCAAAGAUGGUCUUCUACUUUGGACUGCAGCAACCAAUUUGCAGUGUGUUCAUGGCUUCUAAUGCUGCAUUGAGAUUAGGUUCUGAAUAGAUACUGAAAUUCAAGUGCAUUUGAUGUAUUUUUGGGACUAUAUCUAUAUGAAGCAUUUGUUUUUGCUAUCAAAUCUGAGCUCCCUUGCUUUGUGUUAGAAGAUCAUGAAUUUCAUUGUCUAUAUAUAUAUUGGUUUGACUC